AUGGAACAUCAAGAGGCCAACAAGAUGGGGAUGCAGAUGGAGAUCAUCUCCAUAAACAAAAUCAAGCCAGCUAAACCAACUGCCCAUCACUUGAAAACACACAAAGUUUCCCUUUUGGAUCAACUUGUUGAACAUGCUUAUGUUCCUCUUGUUCUAUUCUAUGCAAAUGACAAUUUUGGGAAAUUUAAGAACAAUGAACACCUUGAUAUAAGAUUCCUUCUUAAACAAUCCUUAUCAAAAACCUUAGUUAGCUUCUAUCCACUUGCUGGAAAAGUGAAAGAUGAUAUGCAAAUUGAGUGCAAUGAUGAUGGAAUUCAUUAUGUUGAAGUUCAAAUACAUUGUGAACUCUCAAAUUUUCUUAGCCCUAAGCCUAAUAAUAGGUUGAUACACAAUUUACUUCCUUUCGAUCCAUGUUCUAAAGAGUUAGCAAAAAUGGACUUUGUGGUGAUGGUUCAAGUGAACUUCUUUGAAUGUGGUAGCAUUGCCAUUGGAAUAUACUCUUCUCACAAGAUAAUUGAUGGUCAUUCUAUCUUGACUUUCUUGAAAUCUUGGGCAUGUGAGUCAUCUUCAAGAAAACAUGUAGAUCCUGAUUUCACUACUUCACCGUUGAUUUUCAUCCCUAGUCCUAAAUUGCCAAAGGAAUUAAGCUUGACAAUGUGGCCUACUCUUUUUGGUGAACAACCUAAGUGUGUGACAAGGAGAUUUGUAUUUGAUGCAUCGGCCCUAGCCACGCUAAGGGCCAAAGUGCAACCUUCCACUCGUGUUAUGGCCGUGAUGGGGCUCAUAUGGAAAACCGCAAUGGUUGCUUCAAAUACUAUAUCAGGAUUUCGAAAACCCUCCAUUUUCACCUUUUCGAUGAACUUGAGACCUCGUCACUCACCACCAUUGUCACCAUAUUCCUUGGGGAACAUUAUGUGGAACACUGCUGCUUCGUACGAUUGUGAUACUGAUCUAGAGGUACGCCAUGUCAUAGCACGUUUAAGGUCAGCUGUUGAGAAAGUCAACGACAAAUUUAUCGAAGAAAUAAAAGGGGAAGGAGGUGUUCUCAAGCUAGAGGAAAAAUUGAGAGAGUUGAAAGAAAAGUAUUAUUCCAAUAAGAAUGCUCUUUAUCUUGGUUGUACUAGUUUGUGUAAUGGUGGACUAUAUGAAGUAGAUUUUGGAUGGGGAAGGCCUAUUUGGUCUAGACCAAGCAGUUUUGACACAGGUCUUCCAAUUGCUACAAAUUAUAUUGCUUUAAUGGAUACAAAAACAUCAGUUGGGAUUGAAGCUUGGGUAAGCCUUGAAGAACAUCUUAUGGCUCUUUUUGAGUGUGAUCCUGAGCUUCUUGCUUUCUCUUCAUUGGAUCCUGGUCCUCUUUAG